ACCUAGGACAGAGGGAGGAGGGGAAGGAGGAAGAGGCGGAGGGAGAGGAGGAGGAAGGAUUAGGUAUAUAAGGAAGGGAGAUGCGAGGGAGAGGCAGUGGAGGAGGGAGAGUGUCAGCACGCACAUCAGGAUACACACACUCAACAUGAAGGCAUUAGCUCUCUUAGCGGUGAUCGUGAGCAGCUCCAUGGCCGCUCCUGCCAAACUGGACGGCUUGGAGGCUCACCAGCACCACGACCACCACCACGACCCCGUGCCAAACCUCUUCUCCGCGGGCUCCAACCUCGGCGGCUACGACUACCAGACUCCAGUGGUCCCCUCAGGUCUCUACGAGGUCCCCACCACUACGACCACUACUACCACGACCACUACUACCACGACCACUCCCCCGCCCCCUCCCCCGCCGCCCGGGGACUACCUCCCUCCUCCCCCCCAGCCCCCCGUGGAUUCCUACCUCCCUCCUCCCCCCCCCAAGCCCCCCGUGGACUCCUACCUCCCUCCUCCCCCUCCUCCUCCCCCCGUGGAAUCCUACCUGCCUCCUCCCACCGAACAGCAGCCAUCCCCGGCCGAGGAAGUGAAAGUGAUUCUGCCCCCCAGUCCCAUGAAGCUGAUGCCGUACGAUAUCAACUGGGCGGUGGCGGACCCCGAGAGCGGGAACCGAUUUAGCCACGUCGAGAACAGCAACGGGAAGGACGUGAGGGGCGAGUACUCGGUCCUCCUCCCCGACAACCGCUUGCAGAUUGUUCGCUUCACCUCCGACCCCGUCAACGGCUACCAGGCUGAGGUGUCCUACGAGCCUGCGAAGUAAAGACGAAGGCCCGGCACUCCCUCGCUCCCUCCCACGCCGACGAAGACGUGGGAGCAUAGGAACGAUGUGAAUGAGGCGACUUUGUGAAUGAGGCUUCGAUCUCCAUCCGUCUUCUGUUCAUAUUUCCUCCAGUGUGUCUGUGCGUGAGGUUCCUGUGUGGUUAUAGAACGGUCGUUUAUGGCACGUAUGGUUCUUCUCUCUCUGUGUGUCUUGUAUAUUCUCAGUUUUUCAUCAUCGCAGUCUUUCAAUUUUUCCGUUCGCAUCAUGUUUGUUCCACGUUUGUUUGUAUGAGAGAAUGUUGUACUUAGUUAGCGUUUGUGUGUAUCAUUGCCAGACUCAUCUCGACUAUGUAAUGUAUAUCUCUCUCUUUCUUUCUCUCUGUCUGUCUCCAUUACCUCAUCGUGUGUUCCCGCUUUCUCGUCAUCACUCAUCAUUCCUCCUCCUCCUCCUUCGCCUCCUUCCGCCACUCCACCACGUCCACGAAACGAAAGGAAAGAGUUACGAUUAAAUAUAUGUAUCGACGAAGUGUA